AUGGCCGCCUUAGCAGUAAUCGGCGCUAUUGGUACGGCACUGAGCCUCAUCACUUGGACGAUAGACAGGUUUCCAUCUCAACCCCCCUCAAACUCGUUGCUCAGAGUGGGGCUUGGGCUCAACGAUGGAACGGUGACCAACGCAGGUGGCUACUCGCCAGAUGUUUGGGCUUAUGAUGCUCUCGGAAAUGAGAUUGGCAGAACGACAGAGAAUUGGAUUGGUCGUCCUAUAAUUGACGACGGAAACUUCGACGAUAUCACAAUAUUUCAUGUCGCUGACAAAGAGAGAACGCAAUCACAGUACAUUCUAGUAGAGGGAGAUGGAAGCGGAGACUUGCUUUGUAUUGCUUAUAUGACCCUAACCUGGGCCGAUGGCGGCAGGCACGGCUGGAAUGGCGAUCUUGGUAGGAUAUGCGGUGAGAAAUGGUAUGCCUCCAAUGUUGUGAUCGGAGAAUCUUACAAGCCCGCUUGUACGUGGAUCGGGUAUCUAGAACCCGACGGCGUCGCCUAUGGAGUCUCUAUUGAUAUGGUCGCCGUUAGUCCUUCUACAGGAGAUCCAGUCAAAGAUGCGUCUUACUACUGCGACAGUGAAAUUCAAUAUUACCUUCACAGUACUACAGGCCGUCAUAGACGUCGCCAACCUCACGAUCACUUUUCCUCGAAUAUUGUUAUCAGUGAAAGCGAUCAGCAUAAUGGCACAUCGAAAGAACUGUGCACCAGUCCUACAUCAUAUGGUCCCAGCUUCGUCUCCUUGGCCGAACACGCCUUCUGUGAUAUGGAGGCUAAAAUGCUUUGGCCUUUGUGUGAUGGCGGUUUCUCCGAUGACGGCGAUUGCUUCGAUCUAGAUACAUAUACUUUGCUGAGCGUGGAAAAGCUACAUCGUCGGUCAUUUGGGUUUACCAAGGUUGAGUAUUGGAAUUGA